AAACCUCGUGUCCCCAUGUCCCCGUAUCCCAAACCCGGUGUCCCCAUGUCCCCACACCCCAAACCUGGUGUCCUCACAUCCCUACGUCCCCUGUCCCCAUAUCCUGAACCCCUCACCCCAAACCUGGUGUCCCCAUGUCCCCACACCCCAAACCCGGUGUCCUCGCUCCCUUUGUCCCUUCAUCCUGAACCGCAUCCCCCAGGCCUCACAUCCCCAUUCUCUCCAUCCUCAUCUUCUGGCCCCCGUCCCCCAAACCUCACAGCCUUUGUCCCCUUGUCCCCAUCCAGGCUGAGUCCCCACGGGCUCUGAGUGCUGCAGCACCGUCUGCCACCCGCCUCUGAUGUGCGGCCGAGCGGAGCGAUGAAGGGACAGCAGAAAGCAGCCGAGACGGAAGAGGGAACGGUGCAAAUCCAGGAAGGUGCAGUGGCCACAGGAGAGGAUCCCACCAGCGUCGCCAUCGCCAGCAUCCAGUCUGCCGCCACCUUCCCUGACCCCAACAUCAAAUAUGUCUUCCGCACAGAGAACGGGGGCACGCAGGUGAUGUACAGGGUGAUCCAAGUGGCGGACGGACAGCUGGACGGACAGACGGAAGGCACCAGCGCCAUCAGCGGGUAUCCUGCCACGCAGUCCAUGACACAGGCCGUCAUCCAGGGCGCCUUCACCAGCGACGAUGCGGUGGAGACGGAGGCGACGGCCACUGAGACCCACUACACCUAUUUCCCCACCGCGGCCGUGGCCGAUGGCGGCACUUCUGCCGGGGCCGACACCGCCACCGCCGUCGUCACCACGCAGAACUCGGAGGCGCUGCUGGGGCAGCCCACCCCCACCG